CAUGGAAGCAAUAGAGUGCCAAGAAUUACAAAAGAAGGCUGUUCACUUUACCGAACCUGCUGCAGGUUCUCCCAACUGUGAGACAGUUAUCUGACUCGAAGGCUCUGCUGCCUACUCUGGUCGAAAGUUUUACUACAUGCACUAGCUUCAGGUUGCUGAGGGGAAGCCCUCGGCCCUGCUCGAGCGGCUGUGGUGGCCGAGGUGGGUAUCGGAGCGAAGAAGACGAGGCGCAGAGGAGAAGGGAGGUGGGUCGGGCCCACUGAUUGCUGGCCGUCACUGCUUGCGAACCCAUUGCCUGUGGCAGCUCCCGGCCUUGCACAUCAGCGCUCGCCACCAGUCAUUCAGCGAAAGCUGCUGCUUUACCUCGCCACCGGCCAGCCAAAAGCAGGUAGAGCAGGAGGACAAGGUGAGAGCAAGAGGGCAGGCAGAGAGAGUGGGUUAUGGAUGGAUGAUUGGUUAUUCUCGCUGCCAUGCGGGGCCCAUCUAGUGGCAAGGGCAUACUUGCAAAUACUCGAAAACUUGAGGUUGACAUGAAGUAGCAGUUGUUAGAAGGAAGGACCAAAAUCCACAGUGGAUGAUGGAUGGCUGUCUUUUGGACACACCACCACCCAAUCACCCCUUUCACUCUCACCACCCUCUGCACCACUCAAACCCCCAGCUCCCCCCUUCAUUUCCCCUCUCCUCUCCUUCCCUCUGGACACCAGCUUCCCCGGCCAGCUGCCUCAAGCCCUCUGGACACCAGGCUGCAGGAUGGCCGCGGUGAUGAAGGCUCUCGCCGUUGGCUCGCCAGUCUCAGCACGGGCACAGCCCCGUAAGUACAUUGCAGGUGCCGCUAGCCAGCAGCAGAGCCUGCAGUCGUCCUUCAACGGCGUGUCCCUGCAGUGCCGGCGGUCGUCGCAGCCGCGGCCGUGCAGCACACCGCGGUCGUCGCCGGUGCAGGUGGUGAUGAUGGCGAAGCCGUCGAUCCAGUUCAUCCAGGGCACAGACGAGCAGACGAUCCCUGACGUGCGGCUGACCAAGUCCCGGGACGGCACCAACGGCGUGGCCAUCUUCACCUUCGAGCAGCCGUCGGUGUUCGACUCGUCGGCGGAGCUGGGUGACAUCACGGGGUUCUACAUGAUCGACGAGGAGGGCGUGCUGCAGUCGGUGGACGUCAGCACCAAGUUCGUCAACGGGAAGCCGGCGCGGAUCGAGGCCAAGUACGUCAUGCGCACGCCCAGGGACUGGGACCGUUUCAUGCGCUUCAUGGAGCGCUAUUCCCAGGCCAACGGCCUCCAGUUCGUCAAGAACUGAGCUCUCUAUCUGAUGGCUGGACUUGGAGGUGGAGGUCUACGCCAUGGCAAUGCUCCCCGUUGCCUGCACAUGGCUUCAUUGCUCUUCUUUUUUCUCUUUUUUUUUUCUGACACUGCCUUGAGUUUCUACGAGCCUGAUUGGUUGGAUGUAAGUUUUGCAGACUAAAAUCAUGGCAAGCCAAAUAAUAGGCAAUAUCAAAUUAUAGGUAUUGCUAAAUUGCGGGUAAGAUUUUUAUGUA